GGAUGGAGACCAGGAAGCUCAUAACCGCUACCGACAACCAGUACUCUGGUAUGCUUUUGAAAGCUCUGGAUGAGCAGCGAGGCCUCGGACUUUUCUGCGAUGUCACCGUUAUCGUGGAGGACCGCAAAUUCCGAGCCCACCGGAAUAUCCUUUCGGCUUCGAGCACUUAUUUUCACCAACUCUUUGCAGUGGCCGGACAGGUCGUUGAGCUGAACUUCAUCAGGGGGGAGGUUUUCGCCGAAAUACUCAACUAUAUCUAUAGCUCAAAAAUUGUCCGGGUGCGAGCGGAUUUGCUCGAUGAACUGAUUAAAUCGGGGGAGUUGCUCGGGGUCAAAUUCCUGGCUGAUCUGGGUGUUCCUCUGCAACAGGUGAAGAACAUGUCUUCGGAUGCCAGCACUUCCGAGCUGCCCAUCCUGGAGGCAAAUGGCCCCAAAGUGCAGAAGCCCCCAGCCCCACCGGAGACCCAACACAUAAAACUCGGGAAGCCCAUCAUUACGGAAUCCUUUUCUCUCUACAGGGAGUCGUGUGACUCCGCCAAGAUCACCAUUAGUGAUUCUGAUGAUGAUGAUGAUGACGACGACGUCAUUUUCUGCUCAGAGCUGGCACCUGCCAAGGACCGUUCGGUAGAGGCCAAAGUCAUAACCCAGAUCCCGCCUUGCCCGAAUCCCACCGCCUCUUCUGAGAUGACCAGCUCUAUCAACAGUAAUUCUGCCCCUCAACCAGUGGCAACUGCAGCUCCAAGGCUUGACUCGUCUACCCUUCUGCCCAGGCCGGCUGAAAACCAAAAGCCAGUUGAUACCCUUCCUCCCCCAGCUCCACAGUCCACAACUCCAAAGGUCCUUGUGCUCAAUUCAUCCCAAGUUGGCGCCACACCAGGGGUCGGUUCAUCGCACGAAAUAGAGGUAUUGCCGAUUCCCGAAGAGAAUCGGCAGCCAUCCAUCCAUGAUUCCUUAACCGACAUGGAAACCAACGUCAUUGACGAGGAAGAAGAGGAAGAUGUAGAAGAUGUGGAAGAUGAUGACGACAUCCUGGGUUUAUCCAGUCCGGGUUCGGCAAGCAGCAGUUCUUUGGUUCAGCAGCCCACGACUCCGAAGCCGGCCGCUGCAGCCGACAGCCCAGCAGCCCAGAAGAAGCAAGUGGUGAACUUUCCACCAGAACCCAUCUCCCAACCCAACGAAUUCAAGAUCCAAAUCUCAGACGUUCUUUCCGGAGGCCUCAAGGACGCUCCUCCCAACCUUGGGCCAAAGCACGUCAUGGAAGGGCAGAAGACCAUCACGUUAGAUAAAGCCACCGGAAUCGAGAGCUUGUCGACCGGCUGCAAAGUGUACGCAAACAUCGGCGAAGAUACCUAUGACAUCGUAAUCCCGGUGAAGAACGAGGCUGAUGGAGAAGUCCACCUGGACAACAUCCCACGCACCUCAGGCCACGAGUCCACUAACCGCAAGCGCUUGAAAGUCAAGCAUGACGACCAUUACGAGCUGAUCAUGGAUGGGAAAGUCUACUACAUCUGCAUUGUGUGUCGGAGAUCCUACGUCUGCCUGACCAGCUUGCGGAGACACUUCAACGUUCACUCCUGGGAGAAGAAAUACCCCUGUCGCUACUGCGAGAAGGUUUUCCCUCUGGCGGAAUACCGCACUAAGCAUGAGAUCCAUCACACCGGUGAGCGGCGGUACCAGUGUUUGGCUUGUGGGCAAUGUUUCAUCAAUUAUCAGGUGAUGGCCACCCAUCUGCGAUCUGUUCACAGCCAGGAUCCUUCAGGCGAGUCCAAGCUGUACCGUCUGCACCCGUGUCGGUCUUUGCAGAUCAGAAAUUACGCAUACAUUUCGGGGAAUUCCAACAAUCUCCCAGUCGCCAGUGACAAUGCCCUGGUUUAUCCCGGCAAUCCUUCAAAAGAGACCACUCAGGAACCGGUCCCGAACCAACCCGUGAAGCCAAUGACUUGGGACGACAUCUUUGUUCCGCAGGCAAACGAAAGCCUCUUUAAACAAAACCCAUCGGACGGCACCUCCGAAUUUGAGUUUGUGAUACCAGAAUCUUACUGA